AUGAUGUAUAAUUCAGUUGAAAUGAUGGAAUCAUCUUUAAAUUGUGAUCAUAAUGGUAAUAUUAUCACUUUUUCUUUGGAUGUUGAUAAUAAUGAUGAGGAUGGAGAAAGAGUUGUAAUAGUUACCACUGAAAAAGAUAGUUACUUGAAAAAUGUGAAUUGGGACGAUGUCGCAGAUCAAGUCAAAGAGAAAACUGCUAGAAUGUGUUAUGAUCAAUGGAAAAAGGUUCUUGUACCUAGCAUAAAAAAAUAUGUCGAAGAAAAAGAAAAAGUUACUACUGAACAGCAACAAUAG